GCGAUACCACGUGACAGGACGGCGCUGCCUCCUGCCCUUAGUGGAGGACCAAGUGGUGUCGUCACGUCCGCCCUUCUUCCGUGUUAGAGGCUGUGAUCAGAAAAACAUCCUGCAGGGCAGAUUACAGCGGAGAUGCUGUCAGCGCCUGAUCUGCUUUAGAUCUACGGGGAGCGGCUGAGCGCGGGGCUGUGUACCUUCCUGGAGGAACAUGGAGAACUCUAAAUCCUCCACAAUGCAGGUCAGCUUCGUAUGUCAAAGAUGUAGCCAGCCAUUAAAGCUAGACACCUCCUUCAAAAUCCUGGAUAAAGUCACCAUGCAGGAGCUCACAGCUCCAUUGGUGUCGGUGGCUGCAGUGAAAGCGGGGGACACCCAAGAAGAAGACUUAAGCACUGAGGAAACAUUUGUAGAAAACAGGCACGAUGGAGUUUCCAGAAGAUUAAUCCCACCUACCAGGAUGAUGUCCACAGAAAGUGCGAACAGCUUCACCCUGAUCGGAGAAGCAUCUGAUGGAGGCACAAUGGAGAACCUCAGUAGAAGACUUAAGGUGACAGGAGAUCUUUUCGACAUCAUGUCCGGUCAGACAGACGUGGACCAUCCUCUUUGUGAGGAGUGCACAGACACCCUCCUAGAUCAGCUUGACACCCAGCUGAACAUCACAGAGAAUGAAUGCCAGAAUUACAAACGUUGCCUUGAAAUCCUCGAGAAAAUGAACGAAGAUGACAAAGAGAAACUGGAGGCCAAGCUGAAGGAGUUGGCGGAGGAUGAAGAAAGGCUGAUUCAGGAGUUAGAGGAAGUCGAGAGAAACCGAGAACAGGUGACUCAAGACAUAGAAAAAGUCAGACAAGAAGCCGAGAGGCUGGAGCAGGAGGAAGCACAGUACCAGAAGGAGUACAGCGAGUUCAAGCGUCAGCAGCUGGAACUGGACGAUGAGCUGAAGAGUGUAGACAACCAGAUGAGAUACGCUCAGCUCCAGCUGGACAAACUGAAGAAGACGAAUGUCUUUAACGCCACCUUUCAUAUAUGGCAUAGUGGACAGUUUGGUACAAUCAACAAUUUCCGCCUUGGCCGAUUACCCAGUGUUCCUGUUGAGUGGAAUGAGAUAAACGCAGCUUGGGGUCAGACCGUUUUACUCCUACAUGCUUUGGCUAACAAGAUGGGGCUUGAGUUCCAGAGAUAUCGUUUGGUGCCAUUUGGAAAUCAUUCCUACUUGGAGUCACUCACCGACAAGUCUAAGGAGCUUCCGCUCUAUUGUUCAGGAGGCCUGAGGUUCUUCUGGGAUAACAAGUUUGACCAUGCGAUGGUCGCCUUCCUAGAUUGUGUGCAACAGUUUAAGGAAGAAGUGGAGAAAGGCGACACUGGAUUCUGUCUACCCUACAGGAUGGAUGUAGAGAAGGGUAAGAUUGAAGACACUGGAGGCAAUGGUGGCUCAUACUCAAUAAAGACACAGUUCAACUCGGAGGAACAGUGGACCAAGGCCCUGAAAUUUAUGCUAACCAAUCUGAAGUGGGGACUGGCUUGGGUCUCUUCUCAGUUCUAUAAUAAGUGAGAUGGGGAAUUGACGCAUGUCCCACAUUUCACUCCGGCAUAAUCAAGCUUAAGGAAGACCGCUCUCUCAAUGCCGCUCUAUAUAACCCUUAUAGUGCCCGAGGCUGGCUCCUUUUGGCACUAGGAGACGAAAAGCAUUGUUGACUUGACUUGGUCGCUAUUUUGUGUCUACAGGGAAGUCUUCUUACACCAUAGAUAUGGCGGAGCACCCUGGAAUUUUAAUUUUGGAUUGUCCAAAAACAAUAAUAAUGAAAUAUAUGUAAUGCCUUUAAAAAAAAAUAGAGAAUAUAUAGAAACUGAUAGGUAUAUAUAUAUUGCUACUUUUAAUUACGCAAUGAAAAAGUGUAAGUAUAUGGAUUUUCUUUUCUAUUCCGGCAGACCGUGUCAUCAUUGUGCGCCAGACUGCGGGGGGGGGGGGGGGGGGGGGGGUGUAGCAGAUCCACUCAAUGAGCUGUAUAUUAGUAUCCCAAGCAAUAGGAGUAUAUUCUUCAUGAAUUUAUUUGGCCCGAUUUACAAAGUGUCAGCUUUUUAUUAUUGUGGAAUGAUGUUUGUUGACUUGCAUGAUUCCACUUUAUUUACUAUGGGAGUUUACAGGGCUGGAAAGUUUUUUUGAUCAGAUUUUUCUUGGUAGAAAUUUCCAGUCAUUUGUGUAUUUUUUUGUUUUGUUUUUUUCACAAUUUUGACGCACAACCUGACGAAACCAGGUUGGGUUUACAAUAGUAAAUCAGGGCCGUAAUGUAAUAUAUAUAUAUUACAGUAGUUUGAAAAAAAUAACUAAAAAAAAAAUACUACAAAAAUAUUUGUAAUGUAUAUUUCUGUGCACUGAUGAAAUAAAACACUGAAAUAAAGAUUAUUUUGUAAUCCCAUU